AUGUACCCAGAUUCCGGCAUAGCAGCCGAAACUUCUCUACGCAGAAAAGGAGCCGCUACCGUACAUGUUCUGGGAGAUCUCCUCCGAGAUAAAUUAGUCCGGAAGCUGAGGGAACACAAGUUCAGUUUGAUAAUUGAUGAAAGCACGGAUUGCUCAACGAGUAAAACACUUGCUAUCGUUGCCAAAUAUUUUGAUUUUAAGGAAAAUUCAUUUAAAACAGAGAUGCUUGAUAUGAUUAAUAUUUACAAUGGAAAUGCAGAGGCCAAUGCUAAUUCAGACAAUAGGACCUCAUCGUUUCCUUCCAGAACAUCACUGGCAGAGGUCUUGAGGUCCUCACCAGCAUGGGCCGGCGUCGACCGCGAUUCCUGCACGUGCCGAGAACGACAUGAUCCAUGUCCUGUCUCGCUUCCUUUGUCCAGGGAACUGCUCACCAAAGUAGGUGUUGUGUGUAUUCAGAGUCUGCAAUUCUGCUGUGAUUUCAAGACACAGCAAAAGGAAAGAGCAGCUGAAAAAUCUAGUAAGCCACAAACACAUUCUAACACAGCAUCAAAAAAAGUACAGAGUAUUACUGACAAGGAGCAAACUAGUAUCACCAGUCUUGGUGUAGUACCUUCUGGCCAAGAGAUAACAAAAAACUCAAUAAAUGAUCAACAGAAGGGAAAUAAGAUUACACAACAUGUCUUGGAAGAAAAUGCAUCCAGUCUGCAAGGGACAGACGUUCCAGAAUUACAUGUAAGAACUAAAAAGGAAAAUAAGAAAGAAACAGUCAAUGGAGUCACGCAACCCCAGAUUUCAUCAGAAAACAAAAAUCCCAAAAAUGAUGUUAGUGGUCUAGAUUUUGAAGCUGAAGAACUAAAACUCCACAACAUAGAAGAGAAUGAUGUCAGUGAUAACAAAAGUACAGAUUUUGUGCCACAUAUCACAGUAAGUGAAAAGGAGCUAAACAAAUCAUCUCAAUACUCUAAAAGUAAUAUUACAGCUGGAAAUCCCAUAAACAAUGAAAAACCCACGAAUGCGCCACACAAAGAGCAAAAUCCUGUUAUCAAAAGCACUUCAGUCAUGAGAUCCCAAGAAGUAAAUGGCAAGCAACCUACGUCUCUCUCAAUAAAUACAAGGCAAGUGGGUUUUCAUGACAGAGCUCACGCUGUUGGAAAAAACAAAGCCUUCAGAAUUGAUCCUGACUACAACCAUAACCUUCACACAGAAAAAAAAUGUGAUCCAGAAGACUUUUCCUGUGUAAAUGGCAACAAAGAAACCUACAGGGAAGACCCCACACAGUUAAAUAGCAUAAGGAGUACAAUUGAGACAAAACCAAAUUCCACAGAGAUAAGAGAUACCUCUAAUAUUUCUAUGUUGAUUUCCAUUACCUCCCAGAAUGAAAGUGAACCUAUAUCACUACACACAGAUCCAAUAAUUUUGGGGUCUCGGUACCAGCCAAUAGAUAUGUCUUUUACAAACAGCCGCAACAACAGCCCAUCACGAGCUUUCAAGACCAUUCGUGAACUGACUAGAAAGGGCUUAAGUUUUACUAUAUUUUACUGGAUUUAUGUUGCUGCUUUCCUUUAUAUUUCCUGUUACCUCCUAGGAUUUAUCAUAAUGCCAUUUUCUGUCCUGGGUUUCAUUAUCAAAAUUAUCAUAGUGCAGUUUUUCCCGGCAAUACUCAGUCUACAUUUUUUCCAUGCAGCAGACAUAAUACUGGAUUUAAUUUAUGACCAAAUAUCUUAGGUAUUAAGCGCCCUUACAAUGUUUAAUCAAUAAAGACUAUAAAUUACAGAUACUGCAA